AGCCCGCACCUUCCUACGUUGACCUCGCGAUGAGACUCACUAUAUCGACAUUGGUCUGCCUGAUACCAACGACCCUGGGUAGUUUGUUCGGAGGUCUUGGCUGUGACGAUCCUCUAAGCUUUACCAACAUACCAGACAGAUGUCCAAAGACCCCCGAAAACGCGACUCGAUAUGAUGCAAAGCUUCCGGAUCCAUUCAAGUUUGCCAAUGGUAGACCGGUCAAGACACUUUCUGACUUUGCCUGUCGCCAACGCGAAGUCAGCGACCUCUUUCAGGCUCUGGAGCUGGGCAUCAAACCACGAAAGCCAGAUGCUGUAUCUGGUUCCAUCUCUGGUCCCAACUUGACGGUAACAGUCACUGUGCACGAUAGAACAGUUUCUUUCACUCCUACGAUUACUUAUCCACCGAACGGGACUGCUCCCUACCCAGCAAUUAUCGCAUUCGGAGGACUUAGCAUCCCUGCCCCUUCUGGCGUGGCCAUCAUCACAUACAACAAUGACGAUAUUGGUGCACAGAUCAACCAAAGUAGCCGUGGCCAAGGGAAGUUCUUCGGUCUAUAUCCUCAAUUGAGGAGCGAUGGUGCAAUGAUAGCUUGGGCAUGGGGUGUAAGCCGCAUUCUCGACGUUCUGGAGACCUUGCCUGAUACCAACAUCAAUCCGAGAAAAGUUGGCGUCACUGGUUGUUCGAGAAACGGAAAAGGAGCUUUGGUCGCAGGUGCACUUGAUAGUCGCAUAGCUCUCACCGUGCCUCAAGAAAGCGGCUCUGGAGGAACUGCGUGCUGGCGUCUCAGUGACUACGAAAAUCACAAUGGUACCACUCAGACCGCAUCAGAGAUUGUACAGGAGAAUGUCUGGUUCGCCACGCAGUUCGAUGAGUUUGCGAACACUACUGUCGACAUGCUCCCAUUCGAUCACCACAUGUUGGCCGGACUGGUUGCUCCAAGAGGUCUUCUGGUCAUUGACAACAUCGGGUAUGAAUGGCUUGGGCCCUGGAGUUCUUUCGGAUGCAUGAAGACCGCUCGCAGGAUCUACCAGGCCCUAGGAGCACCUGAUCACCUAGGGUAUUCCAUGUCCCCCAGUCAUCUGCAUUGCUCUUUUCCGUCAUAUCAGAUUCCUCAGCUUCAAGCCUUUGUCGACAAGUUUCUCUUUGACAAAACCUCGGACACGGAUUUCUUCACUCCAGCUGGCAACAUCACGUUUGACGAUGCACAAUGGGUAGAUUGGUCUACCCCAAAUCUGCAC